UUGGGGAAGUACCGGUUAAUACUUCGGUCGCAUGUGUAUGUGACGUCAUAUACAGCAUUGUUUCUUCUUCUGAAAUGUCUACAAUGACGUCAGAUACUAUGACGUCUAAUAGAAUGACGUCAGAUAUGAUCAAGUUCUUAACGAUGGUCGGCAAAUUAAAGAGGACCAAGAGAAGUGGUUGGGUUAUGAGGGGGGUGAAUGACCCGGAGUCCGUGAGCGAUCACAUGUACAGAAUGUCGAUAAUGGCAAUGUUGUGUAACAAUUCCUCAACAAUGGACAAGACACGUUGCAUAAAGUUGUGCCUGAUACACGAUAUGGCCGAAUGCAUUGUGGGAGACAUCACACCUUAUGAUAAUGUCAGUAAAGAGGAAAAACACGCGAGAGAAAAGAAGGCGAUGCAAGAAUUAUCUUCGUUGUUACCGGACGAAGCUGCUACGGAAAUCAUGGAGUUGUUCGAGGAAUAUGAAUCCCAAUCUACGGAAGAGGCGAGAUACGUGAAGGACCUCGAUCGAUUCGAGAUGAUUCUACAAGCCCGCCAUUAUGAAGAAGGGGAAGGAAUGUGUUUACAAGAAUUCUACGACUCCGUUGAUGGGAAAAUUAAGAACCAAGAAAUUAUUUCAUUGGCGACGACGCUUGUGGAGUCAAGGAGGAAAUGAUGUUUCUAUGUUAGACUGAAAUGGUGUUUCUAUGUUAGACUGAAAUGGUGUUUCUAUGUUAGACUGAAAUGGUGUUUCUAUGUUAAACUGAAAUGGUGUUUCUAUGUUAAACUGAAUGAUGUUCUAUAGAAAACUGCAUUAAUGUUUCUAUGGAAAACGGAAAACUUUUUUUUUAAUAAAUUUGAUUAUGACGUCAUA